ACCACCUGCAUGGUCCCGGGGAGGCUAAAGAGGGUGUGUAAGUGUCGGAAGAGCUGUCGGGAUGCAGCAGGCAAGAGGAACAGUAGGAGGCCGUGGCUGCGCUCUCUUUCCACUGCUGAGCAUCCUAGUCGUCCAGGGUGCGCGUAUCGUCCUCUCCUUGGAGAUAAGUGCCGAUGCUCACGUCCGAGGAUAUGUGGGAGAGAAGAUCAAGUUGAAAUGCACCUUCAAGUCAUCUUCAGACGUCACUGACAAGCUGACCAUAGACUGGACAUACCGCCCUCCCAGCAGCAGCCGCACAGAGUCUAUUUUUCACUAUCAGUCUUUCCAGUACCCGACCACAGCGGGCACAUUCCGAGACCGGAUCUCCUGGGCCGGAAAUGUCUACAAAGGGGAUGCAUCCAUCAGUAUCAGCAACCCCACUCUAAAGGACAAUGGGACGUUCAGCUGUGCUGUGAAGAACCCUCCAGACGUGUACCACAAUAUUCCCCUAACAGAGCUCACGGUCACAGAAAGGGGGUUCGGCACCAUGCUGUCUUCUGUAGCCCUUCUCUCCAUCCUCGUCUUCAUCCCCUCAGCAGUGGUGGUCAUUCUGCUGCUGGUGCGAAUGGGGAGGAAGGCAACAGGGGUGCAGAAGAGGAGCAGGUCUGGCUAUAAGAAGUCUUCCAUUGAAGUUUCCGAUGACACUGACCAGGAGGACAGCAAUGACUGCAUGACGAGGCUUUGUGUCCGCUGUGCAGAGUGUCUGGAUUCAGACUACGAAGAGGCGUACUGAUGAAGUGUGCGUGAUGCAAGAAGUGUCACCUAACAACAGGAAAUACCCAUUCCCCUGGCCAGGAGUGCCAUUGGUGGGGACAGCAGUGACAGAAGAUUCUGAAGGUCACCAGUGAAGACCCUAAGGACCACUUAUUUAUUGAAGAAACGUUUAUGUUGUAUUUAUAAACUGUUUGGAAACUCCCAGAAGGGACUCAUGACUUCUCUUCUUAAUACACUCUAAUUGAACAAUGAAAUUCUUGAACAGAAACAGUGCUUGGGUUACCUUCGCUCUUGAAUGUAGUUCAUGGUUUCUUCCAGUUGCCUGAAGGAGACCAAAUGUCUGUCACUCUGCCGAUGCCAAAAUUGUACUUUUUUAAUGGUGUGGAGCUUGUAGCUUCCUGAUGAUGUGCCAACGAACAACACGCCCAUUCGGGAUGGAUAGCCUUGGUUUCUUCUCCGAUGUUCUCCGGUCAGCGUUCAGUAUGCACUACGUGGUUUAAUGGUCAUCGGCUGUGUUUAGGGGACAUGCAGUAUUUAACCCCGAUUUCGGCUCAGUAGGUGUACAAGUUGUAGGCUUGUUUGGACUGGGCCUUUUAAGUAUUAAAGCAUUGUCAAUUUACAGUCAAGGAUAGUUUUUGAUGUAGAAGAAUCUUUCUCAUUUUUCUUGCUAGCUAUACUUUGGGCCACAGAAUCUUUGUUAUUUUGUGUUCCUGCAGCUGACUAAUUUGUGGUUUCCUUCUUGGGUUUUAAGUUAGAGGCAAGAAAUGUCUAUUAAGAAGGUUUUUAGUGGCGACUUAGAAAAUACUUUUUGUAGUCCUUUGCUUUGGGUCUCUCACGUUUCUCGUGUUGUUUAGAACUUUGGUUCUCAGUGGCACCAGAAGUGGGUAUUGUAUCUGCAGGCUGGUUUGCUCGGCACUGGAGAUGAGGAAGUGGCGAUGUGCGGGAUAUCUCCCCUUGCUUCACUCCGUGCCUUGUAACCCACACCUCUCCUCUCCUCUAGCAACUUAGUUGUUAUUUUAAUUUACACUGGGUUUUCUGUAAACCACUAAGACGUGCCUGACUUAUCGGAAGGACGAGCAUGUGUGCAAACAGCGCUCUCCAGAGAGAGUCACUGAUGACCCCUCCCCCAGCCCUGGUUGGUUCAACAUGGUGGUCUUCAUGGUUCUUCUUAAAGCAGCUUUCGAGGCCUCCAUAUUACAGUGUUAUAUACUAUGUUUCUCAUAAAAGUCAUUCUAUUUACCAUGAAGAUCUUACAUUUGAAACCCGGGUCAUUAACUCUGUUUGAAAGACUUGUUAACUUAGCCUGCUGAUCCAUGAUUAUGAUUUACCUCUGGUCAUGGAAGCUCUUGGAAGAGGCAGAGGAGGGACUGGCAUUUUACAUUUCUGGUCGUUAGAUUCCACAGUUCUUUGGACUACUUGUUAAAGAUGUAGUUGUCUGUGGCCAAUCCAUUGAGACCCGUUCUGAUGGUUCAAUAGAGAAAAGAAAACAUUCAGGCACCAAGCAUGAAUACCUUGGGCACUUGCAGAUCUGAAGAGAGUGACCCAGGUGGGAGGGGGCAUGCUGUGGGCCUCACUGUUCUGACAGAGUCAUUACAAGAACUCAUUUAAACCAUCAUUCUGUGGCAUUGAGGGACCAGUUUUAGUUUCUUGGGAUUUUUUUGCAAGCGUAUUGUGAGGUUUUAUCUAGCUCAGACAUUGGUGAGUUCAGUGACUACUGAUGAAUACUUGGGUAUACUGUUGUGUAGCCUGCUUUGAAAUGGGUCUCUUCUCUUGUAAAUGACAGGACAAUCAAGUCCUUCAUUGUAAGGGAGUACAUUAGUGAUUUUAUUGGCUCCAUGGGUUUGUGGUCAUAUCUGGGGCUUAGGCUGCCCUCAGUUUCUUAUGCCAAGGUUUGUGCUAAAGCUUUUUGAUCAUCAGGACGACAAAGCCAUCUGUGGAGCCUCCUCCUUUAAGAGUGAGCAUACAAUAGAGGGUUUGUCUGACUUACUGUUUUAAUAUCUUCUAAGGUGAGAUUCUCAUACUUUUGUUUUUUCCUUUUUGCUGCUCUGUGGACUCAAACCCCGUGGUAUUAUAGCAUUGUCUGGAAAGAGGAUUUAAGUCUUUCAUUAUGGUUUUAUCACCUUCUGAGUUUUACAUGGUGGCCUCUUAAAACUAUUACAAAAUGUGAAUUUAUAACGUACUUUGUUUUCCCUCUGUGACCUGUUAUUUCAGGUCACUUGAGGACAUCUUAGCAGUCUGCAGUACCCGAGUCAGCAGUGGGAUUUCAGAAGGAAAAGUUGUCUACCCUUCUCCCAUCCUGCUUACGUGCAUACAUACAUGUGCGCGCAUGUGUGCAUGCAUAAGUAUAUCUUACAACAACAGAAAAUCUGGAGGCUAGAUCCUGACCCAGAAUGUUCUGUUGUGUUGCUGGGCUCCCCCAUUCUGAAGAAGGACUCUAAGAAGAUCCAUGGAGUAGACCAAAGCUCUUAUUUAAUUGCACAGCUCACAACUUUGCUGCCAGAAGUGCCCACUCCGGUGUUGGCCUCCUCACCGUGGUCUCUCACUGACUUUUAAAAUUAAGUUAGACUUUUUGUUUGCAGGAGAGUAUGAUCUGUAAGGCUUCGUGCACAGACAUUGUGACUCAUGGAAGCUUUACUGCACUGUAGUUAAUAAACUUCUUUGCACCUUGUGGC